AUGGUUUCAUUUUUUAAAACUCCAAUCUUUACUUUAAUUAUCUUUUUAUUCUUAAAUGAAAAGGUAAUAUGUUCAAUAAAUGAAAAUCAAAAUGAUACCAUUAGUCAAAAUGUCAACGAACAUGAAAAUAUUAGUCAAAAUGUAAAUGAUAAUGAUAAUUAUAAUGACAAUAUUGAACAGUUAAAAUCCAUGAUUGGAAAUGAUGAACUACAUAAGAAUCUAACAAUAUUAGAAAAAUUAAUUUUAGAGUCUCUAGAAAAAGAUAAAUUAAAAUAUCCUCUCCUUAAACAACAAACUGAACAAUUGUUAGAUAUAUCGAAAUUUAAAAAAAAAAAUAUUACUGAUGCGGAUGAUGAAACGUACAUCAUACCAACCGUCCAAUCAACUUUUCACGAUAUUGUAAAAUACGAACAUCUUAUAAAAGAACAAUUAAUAGAAGUUUAUAAUUCUGAUAUUUCAGAUAUAAUUAAGAAAAAAAUAUUUAUUGUAAGAACAUUAAAAACAAUUAAAUUAAUGCUUAUACCAUUAAAUUCGUACAAACAAAAUAAUGAUUUAAAAGCAUCACUUGAAGAAUUAAAUAAUGUAUUUACAAAAAAAGAAGUUCAAAAGGAAACAAGUCCAAUAGGUGAUCAUGGGACAUUCUUUAGAAAAUUGUUAACCCAUGUUAGAACAAUUAAAGAAAAUGAAGAUAUAGAAAAUAAAGGAGAAACACUUAUACUAGGAGAUAAUAAAAUAGAUGUAAUGGAUUCAAAUGAUUUCUUUUUUACGACCAAUUCUAAUGUAAAUUUUAUGGAAGCAUUGGAUGAUAUAACGAAUCAAUAUGGAUUAGGUUUGAUUAAUCACCUAGGUCCUCAUUUAAUAGCCUUGGGACAUUUUACUGUAUUAAAAUUAGCAUUAAAAAAUUACAAAAAUUAUUUUGAGGCAAAAAAUACAAAAUUUUUUAGUUGGCAAAAAAUUUUAGAGUUCUCCAUGUCUGAUAGAUUUAAGGUCCUUGAUAUGAUGUGUGACCAUGAAUCUGUAUAUUAUUCUGAAAAAAAACGUAGAAAAACAUAUUUAAAAGUUGACAGAUCAGAAACAUCAAUGGAAUGUAAUAUAUUAGAAUAUCUAUUACAUUAUUUUAAUAAAUACCAAUUAGAAAUAAUUAAAACUACACAAGAUACUGAUUUUGACUUACAUGGUAUGAUGGAACAUAAAUAUAUAAAGGAUUAUUUCUUUUCAUUUAUGUGUAAUGAUCCUAAAGAAUGUAUUAUUUAUCAUACAAAUCAGUUCAAAAAAGAAGCAAACGAAGAAAACACUUUUCCUGAAGAACCUAAUCGUGAAAUAAGUGCAUAUAAUUUAUAUUUAAAUUAUUAUUAUUUUAUGAAACGAUAUAGUUCAUACGGAGUAAAAAAAACAUUAUAUGUUCAUUUAUUAAAUUUAACUGGACUUUUAAAUUAUGAUACGAGAGCAUACGUGACAUCGCUUUAUUUACCAGGAUAUUACAACGCGGUCGAAAUGUCUUUUACGGAAGAAAAAGAAUUUUCCAAACUUUUUGAAAGCCUAAUACAAUGUAUUGAAAAGUGCCAUUAUAACCAAACAUAUACACCAUUAAAAGAUAGUAAUUUACUUAAUGAUGUAACAAAAUGUGAUUUGUGCAAAGGAGCUUUCUUAUAUUCUAACAUAAAAUUCGAUGAAGUUCCUUCGAUGUUACAAAAAUUUUACGUAUAUUUAACUAAAGGUCUAAAAAUACAAAAAGUUUCUUCUUUAGUAAGAACGUUAGAUGUUUAUCAAGAUUACAGUAAUUUCUUAUCACAUGAUAUUAAUUGGUAUACUUUCCUAUUUUUAUUUAGACUUACAAGUUUUAAAGAUAUUGGAAACAAAAAUGUUGCUGAAGCAAUGUAUUUAAAUAUAAAAGAUGAAGAUACCUUCAACAAAACGGUAGUAACAAACUAUUGGUUCCCUUCUCCUAUAAAAAAAUAUUACACAUUAUAUGUUAGAAAACACAUACCAAAUAAUUUAGUAGAUGAAUUGGAGAAAUUAAUGAAAAGUGGGACUUUAGAAAAAAUGAAAAAAUCUCUCACAUUUUUAGUACAUGUUAAUUCAUUUUUACAACUAGAUUUUUUUCAUCAACUUAAUGAACCACCUCUUGGAUUACCGCGAUCAUAUCCUUUAUCUUUAGUUCUUGAACAUAAAUUUAAAGAAUGGAUGGACAGUUCUCCAGCAGGUUUUUAUUUUUCAAAUUAUCAAAAUCCAUAUAUAAGAAAAGAUUUACAUGAUAAAGUUUUAUCACAGAAAUUUGAACCUCCAAAAAUGAAUCAGUGGAACAAAGUUUUAAAGUCGUUAAUUGAAUGUGCAUAUGAUAUGUAUUUUGAACAGAGACAUGUUAAGAAUUUAUAUAAAUAUCAUAACAUUUAUAAUAUAAAUAACAAAAUAAUGUUAAUGCGAGAUUCAAUGGAUUUAUAUAAAAACAAUUUUGAAGACGUAUUAUUUUUUGCAGAUAUAUUUAAUAUGAGAAAAUAUAUGACUGCCACACCAGUAUAUAAAAAGGUAAAAGACAGAGUGUACCAUACUUUGCAUAGUAUUAUAGGGAAUUCUGUGAAUUUUUAUAAAUAUGGUAUUAUAUAUGGAUUUAAAGUAAACAAAGAAAUAUUAAAGGAAGUGGUUGAUGAAUUGUAUUCCAUAUAUAAUUUUAACACAGAUAUAUUUACGGAUACGUCCUUUUUACAAACCGUUUAUUUAUUAUUUAGAAGAAUAGAAGAAACGUACAGGACCCAAAGAAGAGAUGACAAAAUAAGUGUAAAUAACGUUUUUUUCAUGAAUGUGGCAAAUAAUUAUUCCAAAUUAAACAAAGAAGAAAGAGAAAUCGAAAUACAUAAUUCUAUGGCGUCACGAUAUUAUGCAAAAACCAUGUUUGCUGCAUUUCAAAUGUUAUUUUCCACCAUGCUAAGCAACAAUGUAAAUAAUCUUGAUAAAGCAUAUGGAUUAAGUGAAAAUAUCCAAGUAGCAACAAGUACUUCUGCUUUUCUUACAUUUGCAUAUGUAUAUAACGGAAGUAUCAUGGAUAGUAUGACUAACAGUUUAUUACCACCAUAUGCAAAAAAACCAAUAACUCAAUUAAAAUAUGGAAAAACUUUUGUUUUCUCAAAUUAUUUUAUGCUAGCAUCUAAAAUGUAUGAUAUGUUAAAUUAUAAAAAUUUAAGUCUUUUAUGUGAAUAUCAGGCUGUGGCAAGUGCAAAUUUCUAUUCGGCUAAAAAAGUAGGUCAAUUUAUUGGAAGAAAAUUUUUACCCAUUACUACCUAUUUUCUUAUUUUCAGAAUUAGUUGGACGCAUGCUAUUACAACAGGAAGUCAUUUAAUUCCAGAAUUAACAGAUCCAAAUUAUAAUCCUGAAAUAACUUGUUCUGGUGGAACAAAAUUGAAUGGUGCUACUGCUCAAGGUCCUAGUGAAAAAGAUCCCCAAUGUAUUAACUAUACAGCCCCUGGAAGUUUUUUCUUCAGUCAUUCACUUGCAGGUGUUGCAUCCCAAUAUUUAUUUUUUUAUUUUUUCACAAAUUUAUACCUUGAUGCCUACAAAUCUUUUCCUGGAGGAUUUGGUCCUGCAAUAAAAGAACAAACUCAACAUGUUCAAGAACAAACCUACGAACGCAAACCGUCAGUUCAUAGUUUUAAUAGAAAUUUUUUCAUGGAACUCGCAAAUGGUUUCAUGUAUGCCUUUUGUUUUUUCACAAUUUCACAAAUGUAUGCAUAUUUUGAAAAUGUUAAUUUUUAUAUUACGAGUAAUUUCCGUUUCCUGGAAAGAUAUUAUGGUGUAUUCAAUAAAUAUUUUAUAAACUAUGCCAGAACUAAACUUAAAGAAUUUACUAGUGAUCUUUUAAUAAAAUAUGAACGUGAGGCUUAUUUAAAUAUGAAAAAAUAUGGUUAUUUAGGUGAAGUUAUUGCAGCUAGACUUUCUCCUAAAGAUAAAAUCAUGAAUUAUGUGCACCAAACUAACGAAGAUAUCAUGAGUAAUUUAAGAAGAUAUGAUAUGGAAAAUGCAUUUAAAAACAAAAUGUCUACAUAUGUAGAUGAUUUUGCUUUUUUUGAUGAUUGUGGCAAAAACGAACAAUUUUUAAAUGAGAGAUGUGAUUACUGUCCUGUAAUUGAAGAGGUGGAAGAAACACAAUUAUUUACUACCACUGGUGAUAAAAACACUAAUGAGACCACGGAAAUAAAAAAACAAACAAGUACAUAUAUUGAUACUGAAAAAAUGAAUGAAGGGGAUUCGGUAGAUAGCGACAAUGAAAAGGAUAUCGAUGAACCUGAUGAUGAAUUAAUGAUCGCACGAUUUCACUAA